ACUCACCAAAGUAAUAAUAUUUUCAGCUACCACCUUCUUCUGAGUUCUGACACAUGGCUGCUUCUUCUAUAUUUUCUGUAGCAUUAAUAUUAUUUCCUCUGUUGUACCAGAUAGGGGGUGUGGUGAGUCAAUACUGGGUGAGGGAACAAGUAAACAAUGCUGGGUCUGGGUGUGACCUUUUCCAUGGAGAAUGGGUGUACGAUAGGUCCUACCCUCUCUACAUUUCAACAGACUGUCCCUUCAUUUUGAAGGAGUUUGAUUGCCAAAAGAAUGGUAGACCAGAUAAUGAGUAUCUCAAGUACAGAUGGCAGCCCACUUCAUGCGAUUUACCAAGGUUCGAUGGAAGAAGCUUUUUGGGAAGAUUUAGAGGGAAGCGCAUCCUAUUUGUAGGGGACUCAUUGAGCAUGAACCAAUGGCAGUCUCUCACAUGUUUGCUUCAUAAAUCAGUGCCAGAAGCCAACUACACCUUGUCCAAGGUUGGAGGUGUCUCCACAUUCAAGUUUCCAGCAUACGACGUUUCGAUCGUUCUGUCCCGCAAUGCCUUUCUGGUAGAUGUUGUGAAUGAGAGCAAUGGGCGUGUUCUUAUGCUUGACUCAAUUCAAAAUGGAAGUUAUUGGAGAACCUUUGAUGUCUUGGUCUUCAAUACAUGGCAUUGGUGGCUUCAUUCUGGAAGAAAACAACCGUGGGCAGAAGUUCGAUAUGGUGUGAAUAAUGCACACAACGACAUUGAUCGCAUGAAGGCCUAUGAGAAAGCUUUGACGACAUGGGCUAGAUGGGUGGAAUCUAGUGUGGAUCCUAGUAAAACGAAGGUCUUCUUCCAAGGUGUUUCUCCGGAUCAUAUGAGCCAAAAAUUGGACAACCGUUGGAUUGUGCAAGAUUUUUUGAUCAGAGGCUCCUGGAGAAGCCACGUGGCUUGUAACCAUUGGGCAAUGUGGGCUGGUGGGUCCAACAGUAAAAAAAAAAUUGAAAAUCAGCUGCUAACGUCAUGCUGAUAUCAACAGCCCGCAGGCAACAGCCCAGUCAAUUUCUGCCUGUGGGCUUGCUUAGGCUGGUGGGUCCCAUGCCUUGUCCGGACUGGAUUUCCUGCGCUAGAGCCAUAUUGAGCUUGCCAGGGGAGCCUUUUGCCCAGUUUGAUAGCAGCGCUGGAGCUGCUCUUACAUGCAUUAAGUAGAUGUUAACUAUUAAGUUAAUCUAAUGUAUUUUAAUCAGUCCACAUCAACAUCUCUUUACACCUUAUAUGUGUAUCUAAUACUUUUUCUUUAAAAUACCUUUGGAAUAGGGUCCUCGGGUUCCCUCAGUGGUUGAGGUGCUCCCCCCUCCCCCCAUGACCCACCUUCGAAUCCCACAGAGAGUGUGCCCCCUCCCCCUUAUCGAUGUAUCUCAAAAAAAAUAAAAUACCUUUGAAAUAAAAUAUUAAAAAUAUCAUAACAAUAACAAAAAUAAAAUGUCUCAGCAAGCAUCAACUCUUCAACCCAGCCUCCUAUCCCCCUUGCAGCAGCUCCCCAGCCAUCCAUGGCUGCAACACUUAACCCACCUCCCACU